GCCAGACACUGGCCCUAGAUACUGUGUGUUCGUUGAGACAGUGAAUGGCAUCGGUUCUCUGCAAACCGUUAGUGCUCAUUUGAUGGUUAGCUCAUCGGACUAUUGAGCAACCGAGUGGUUUAGAGGUGAAGAAACGUGAAGAAAAUGAAGAAGCGUACUUAGACAGCUACCAACUCCAUUAAAAGUUCUGCCGCCGCUCACUGCUUCAAACUUCCAAGGUAGUAGGAAGUUCAAACUACCUCAACAGCAUAAACCAAUAUGGCGGAAAGAAAUGCGGAAGAGUUUGCGCGGGACGACCAAGACUCCACGCAGGAAAAGAUCAGAUACCCACGAGCCGUAUUUUUAAUAAUCGUCAACGAGUUUUGUGAACGGUUUUCAUUCUACGCUUUGCGGACGGUGCUCGUACUCUUUCUCAAAGACAAGCUGUUCCUCACCGAGGACGAUGCGACCAUCGUGUUCCACGCAUUUAACAUGACGUGCUACCUUUUCCCUAUCGUCGGCGGCAUCAUCUCGGACUCCUGGCUUGGAAAAUUUAGGCGCGUGUGUUCUCACUGCUUCCUUUUAUGUAACGAUCCUGUACCUCUCACUCCUGUACGCCGUUGGGAAUGUAGUGGUGGCACUGGCCUCGUGGAGGGCUCUCGCACUGCCUGGACUGUAAGUCACUUCGUCAAAAUUUCGCAGGAGUAA